GUAUCCAACACUAAGUACUCUUAUUGAUCUUUUACAUGGAGCUCGUCUUCCCCUCUUUCCCAAUCCUUCUAAUCUUUCUUCUCUUUCUCUUCAUGUUGUUGAAAAUAAUGAAAAGAUCCCAAACCAACGACGGAACUUCAAAUCUCCCCCCAGGGCCAUGGAAAUUACCCCUUAUUGGAAACUUGCACCAGCUUGUUUCCGCUGAGUCUCUAUCUCAUUAUCGACUAAGAGAUUUAGCCAAAAAAUAUGGACCCCUUAUGCACUUACAGCUCGGAGAAAUCUCUGUCGUUGUCGUCUCUUCGCCUGAGUUUGCUGAACAGGUGAUGAAAACUCAUGAUGCUAAAUUUGCAUCAAGGCCUCACAAUGAAAUCGUACGAAUCGCCAGUUAUAAUUAUAGUGAUGUGGCCUUUUCACCCUGUGGAGACUAUUGGAGAAAACUGAGGAAUCUCUAUAGGUUGGAACUUUUGAGCCCAAAACAAGUCCAAUCUUUUCGAUCUUUAAGAGAAGAAGAGAUGUCUAGUCUCGUCAACUCAAUUGCUUCGAAAUCGGGAUCGGUGAUCAACCUCACAGACAAUUUUUUCACAUCAACCUAUGGAAUCACUGCAAGGGCAGCUUUUGGGGGAAAAUGCAAAGAUAAUCAAGUGUUAAUACCUGUUGCGACAGAAACUAUAAGGUUGAUGGCAGGUUUUUAUAUUGCGGAUAUGUUUCCUUCAAUCAAAUUUCUCCAAUCGAUCAGUGGAACCCGGUCUAAAUUAGAGAGACUGCAUAAAGAAUUAGACAGAAUACUUGAAAACAUCAUCAAUGAACAUAAGAAGUCAGACAAGAUGGAAGAAAAUAAAGAUCUAGUUGAUAUUCUCUUGGAAUUACAAGGGCGUGAUGAUCUUCAAUUUUGUUUGACUACCGAGGGCAUCAAAGCCACUAUUUUUGACAUUUUCGUGGGUGGCAGUGACACCGUUGCAACAACAAUGGAUUGGGCAAUGUCUGAGUUGAUAAAAAAUCCUGGAUUGAUGAAAAGGGUGCAGGAUGAGGUGAGGGAAGUCUUCAAUAGAAAAGGAAAAGUCGAUGAAACAGGCAUUAAUGAAAUGAAAUUCUUGAAGCUAGUAAUAAAAGAGACUCUGAGAUUACAUCCUGCUGGUCCUUUUUUACUUCCCAGAGAAUCCAUAGAGAGAUGUGAAAUUAAAUCAUUCAACGUACCUGCCAAAACCAGAGUCCUUGUUAACGCAUGGGCGAUUGCGAGGGAUCCAAAAUAUUGGUCUGAACCCGAAAUCUUCAAACCAGAGAGGUUCCUUGAUUUGGAUAUUGAAUAUACGGGAACUAAUUUUAAGUUCAUCCCAUUUGGUGCUGGAAGGAGGAUGUGCCCAGGAACUUCAUAUGCUCUCGCCAGCGUCGAGAUUGCGCUUGCAAUGUUGCUCUACCAUUUUGAUUGGAAACUUCCCAAUGGAAUGAAACAUGAAGAUUUAGACAUGACCGAGGCCUUUGGUCUGACAGCUAGGAGAAAAGAUGAUUUGUGUUUGAUUCCCAUUCCUUAUCAUCCAUAGCUUCAAAUGAAAGCAAUUAAUGGCUGUUUUGUUUAUGACGAUAUGUUCCACCAUUUCGAAAUAAGACUAUCACUGUGGCAUGUUUGUUUAAUAAGUCUGAAUAUGAUUUGAUUUAGAGUCAAUUUUCAGACAGUUUUUAGGUUUGGUUUUUUUUUACUGCAUUGUGUGGUUAUUUAAAAUAAGAUUUUCUGGAUUGUAAAAGCUAUGUAUUUUCGUUUAUGAAUAAAUAAUAUUAUGCUACAUAUUUUAAUUUC